AUGUCAGAGAGUGGUGUUGAUGGAUUGAAACCGCUGAAGUUAGCUACGAAAGAAACUAUAUCUUCGAAAUCGUCACCCUUGUUUGAAUGGGAAACAGUCGAUACCUGGGUUGACGACGAUUUUGAUGCAGAAGAAUUACUAAAGGGUCCAUCGAACUUAUCCGAAAGACUUCCGCAAGUAGACUCCAGCUUGUUAAAGGAACCAAAGGCUAAUCGUAAAAGUCAUAGACAAAGGGACAUGCAAAAUAAAGAACAUCACCGAGAUGACAAAUAUAAUACUAGUAACAACACUAGUAGAACCAGCCGUAAAUUAAAUGAACAGAAAGAAGAAAGUAGGAAUGCCAACAGAAGAAGAAGAAGUAAAGAAUUACACGCACCGAUACGUGAUUUCGGCAAGAGUAUCAGUAAGCAACCGGAGCCUGUAUCAUUUGAUAAAUACAGAACCCCUAUCCCCAAAGGCCCUGCUAAAUUGAGGGAGAAAGGAGAAAUAAGACGUCGUAGAAGUCUAGAUGAUGAUAUAUCCCCGGAGCAACUAGCCAAAGAAAUGGCUAGGUUGAUGCCCGUUGUAGGCUGGAAACCGGAUAUCAGCGAUCACCUAGAUGAUCAAGGUAAAAAGCAGAACAUAUCGAAGAAACACACACCACAGAAAACCAAAAAAUCUACCAAUAUCCAGCGAAUCCACUAUACGGAAGGAAGUCAUGCAUCGAGGCCGUCGUCGCCAGGAGAAAACAAAAUUGCUUCCAGAUGGGCAGAUGCGAAAGUUGACGUUACGAACGCCUCGCAUGGAACAGCGGCUAAUCAAGGAAGUACCAGGGACAGGGACAGUUACAGAAAGAAGAAAAUUGCGGAAAAGUUGGAUUGGGACCAGGGUAUCCAGAGACGGAAGGGUGAGAAGGACCUAGACAGGGAGGAUGAGACCACGGAAAAAAGAGCCGACAGGUCUCUGGAUGCCGCUGAAAAUCAUACCUCGCAUGAACACUUUAGCUACGAAAACGGUAAUGGCUUAACAAAGGACUCAUCCCUUCCCUCUAGAUGGGCUUGA